UUUACUUUCUAUCCACGGCUCCAAAGCUAGCUCCCUCCACAUUUUAUCCAACAGAAACAACCAGAAAACCAUCAAAAUAACCCCCAAAUCCAAUCAGGAUCGUCAGGUUUUUCUGUUCUUCUCCAGCUUAAUUCUUACAGACAAAACCCUGUACAGCUCUUGAGAAGAUAUUCUCGGAAUUUCGCUUUCUGGUCAUUUCUUGCCCCAAAUAGGAACGUCAAAUCAAGAUUUUGAAUAUCUCAGUAUUGCUUGAUCGGAACCCCAAAGAAACACCAGAUUCUUUGAUUUUCGCCACAGUUUGCGAUCUGGGUCGAUGGCAGAAUCAGGAAAUAAGUCGGAAUUGGGGACCAAGUUCAAAUUAUCCUCCUUCUUCAACCGUUCUCUUACGAUCCACUCGACAUCGAAAUCGCAGCCAUCUCCUCUCGAACGGGCUGCUUCCAUCAACAAAUUCUACAACUCGUAUGAAUCCGUUAUAGGUAAGGUAAAAAAGCUUGCUACUUUAUUUGAUUCCCCAAAAUCUGCGAAAGAUGAAGCAAAUGAAUUGCAAGUACAAUCACAAUCCAAGCUAAAGUCAUUUAAAUCCAUGGGACCAGUCAGUUCUAUAUCAGCUAGCUUCAAUAAUCGUUCAUCAAUUCGAUUACCUGGUACGGAGGAUCGAAUUGUAAUGUAUUUGACUAGUUUAAGGGGAAUCCGAAGGACUUAUGAGGAUUGCUAUGCUGUGAUUAUGAUUUUCAGAGGGUUUAGGGUUUGGGUUGAUGAGCGCGAUAUUUCCAUGGAUUCAGCUUACAGAUUGGAGCUGCAGAAUGUUUUGGGAGAAAAGAAUGCGAGUUUGCCACAGGUGUUUAUCAGGGGUAAGCAUGUGGGUGGUGCUGAUGAGAUAAAACAAAUGUUUGAGACUGGUGAACUGGCCAAAAUUCUCGAAGGGUUGCCGGUGAGGAAACCUGGGUUAGUCUGUGAGGCUUGUGGGGAUGUAAGGUUUGUGCCGUGUGGGAAUUGUAGUGGAAGUAGAAAGGUGUGUGAUGAAGAUGAAGGGGUGCUCAAGAGGUGUUUGGAGUGCAAUGAAAACGGCUUGAGCAGGUGCCCGUAUUGCUGCUACUGAUUACAAACGUUCUCAAAUGGUGAACUGGCCAGAAUUCUCAAAGGGUUUCCGAUGAGGGAAUCUGGGUUUGUCUGUGAGGCUUGUGGGGAUGUAAGGUUUGUUGUGCCAUGUAAGAAUUGUAGUGGAAGUAGGAAGGUGUGUGAUGAAGAUGAAGGGCUUGAGCAGGUGGUCCGGAUUGCUGCUAUUGAUCACAAAGGCUCACUUCUGGUGCGCGGUAAUUAGAUUUACUGGUUUGUUCAUAACCAUAAUUCAUCAAUAUGGUUAAGAACUUUUGGAAUUCAAAAGUUCAUGGGGUUUUAUUUUGUGGUUGUGCAUGCAUCAGUGAGGGAACUGAUGCUCUGUUGUUUUAACAAAGGUUGUUCAUGAAAAAUAAUAGUGUACUGUAUGCCAUCGGAAAGCCAAAAUGGUUUGGUUAUUCUGGCUGUAUGUCCUAAAAGGAGAUUGUUUCUCUCUUCCUAGAAUGUACAUAUUUAGUGAUACUUUUAAUGCAAAUGACUUGCAUAUGUUGCAAUUUAUGCUUGA